UUUUCGAAUGCUACACGCGAGCCUCGAAAAAGCAUCGGAACCGCGAACGUGCAUCGAUAAUCCUUCGCAGACGUUCGUUGUUUUUCGAGACUCGCGUCUCGUCGAUACCACGACGAGUUACCAGAUCGUGCCUUUCCCUCGACGCAUCUGUCAACGAUUUUGUAUAAUAUUUUAUUCGACAGAUACGUAUACUUAUCGCGCGUGCCCAUACUCGAUCGAUUUCGAGUCAACGCGCCAUUCGAUGGAACUCGAUGACCCUCGAUACGCGAUUAUGUACAAACGUACGGUGAAACGAAGGAUAGCGAGUGAAUUUGGUGACAAAUUUGUUCGACGUUAUCCUUUGUGAAUAUACUCGACCGUUUUCCGCUUUUCAUCCUUCGUCUCCUCUCUCAUCCGUCACCUAUGAAUCAUCCAUCGGUACAGAGAUUCGAUGAAAAUCAGGUGUUUAUUUUUUACUCGUCUCGAAGAGCCUCGAGGCUAAGGUUGAGUAACGAAGAGGACGUGCGCUAUCUUCGUCUCGUUUUCCUUCCUCCUGCAAGCGCACGUAUUAUUCGGAUGAUUUGAGAAAGCGUGCUCGCGUGUAUACGCGGCAAGGCGUACGGUAGAUAGAAAAGAGUAGAAAGGUAGGGUACCCGGUGCAAUCGAAGCGCGACUUUCACCGAGCCAAGGUGGUCGUGAUACACGAUCGAUUACGCAAGCGAGUAAACGAACGCGAACGAGCGAACGGGCUGAGAAGAAACGCUAGUCACGUGUAACUUGCGAUCGUGGACCGUCCACGGCCACGUUAACGCGUAUUCUUUUUCACGCGGAAACGCGUUAACCGGGGUCACCGGAACAAAAAGUACGUCUAACGAAACAAAAGGGUAGUGACGCAAAUAACGAUGCGCUGCACAAAAACAAGCGCGUCUCAUUGAAUUCGGUUGUUCGCAGCAUUCGACACGCUGGGUAAAGUUCAUAGGUUCUAUUCGAGACUCGUAACGCGACGAGGAAAGACCCGAUAGCCUUGAUGCUCAACGAACCGGCCGAAAAUGGGAUCGCGGUGAAAGUACAGUCUAGGAAUUACGAGAAGAAAGUGAAUCUUCGAGUGGCCGUCAAAUUCGAAAAAACGAAAUAGCAUAGAAUCACCCGCCUCGCUCUGAAUCGGUUGAUUUUUUUUCCCGUUCGAUCGCGCGAUUAAAAAUGAAUCCGGAUGGUGUGCAGGAGAAACGGAAACAGAGGAGGAAGAAAUGACGGAAGAAAAAGCAGCGGUAAGAGCGUGUAAAGGAAAAGGUGCGGUAAGAGUGGCGCGCGUACCACGAUCUGGCCUUAAAUUGAUCGGGCGGGUAAGUAAGCGGGUUACUUCGAUCCAAGUUGGUCGACGAGUAAGAUUUCUCGGUAGAACGCGUAUACUACUGGUGAACGACCGAAGGAACCGUCCGUUUCCGCGGUUCUAACGCGUUCGUUCGAAUUCCAAAAGGCAACCACGCGUACCGAUCGAGAGAAAGUUCACGCCGCAAUUUCCGAUACCUCCAACUACGCGCGUCGUUGGUGUUUCUUCGAGGAGAAAGGUCCUCCAGUUCCGGCGAAUGUUAUUCCAUCAUGAUCCUUGUGCUCGCGUUAUUCAUUCGCGUUCCACUCGCAUAACGAGCACGAGGACGACGCGAGAAGCGGUCGAAGAGUGCUAGAAAGCGCCGCGAAGAAUCGUCAGGACAGUUAUUCUUUCUCAAGUAGACCGAUGUCGGACUUUCUCCUGAACAACGAGUCGACAAAUGGCGUAAGAAGUGAUCGUGUCUCUCGUAAUCGUUGGUAGCUUGCUUGAAAUUCGAACGAGCGAAACGAGGACGCGGCAAGGAAGGGAGGGAGCAGGAAGAGGAGGAGGAGGAGGAGGAGGAGGUGGAGGAAAAGAAGGUGAAGCAGCAGGAGGAGGAGGAGAAAGAAGGGAACUGAAAACGCAAAGCAAAGCGUAAGGAAAGCAUCGGUUGUCGUGUCUAGUUCUUUCCGAGUAGAAGAAUGGCCAAGUCGGGAGAAGAGGAUUACGGAUGUGCACUAAACGAAGACACGGGGACGAUCGCUCGAGUUGAACUCCGCGAGGAUGAUGCGAUCAGGGAACAAACGUUGGACCAAUUCCGACACUGGAUUCAAAAGCAUCCCGCUAUAAAGCGCUGCAGAACAGACUCGGCCUUUCUCCUCAGGUUCCUUCGAACGAAGAAAUUUAGCGUGCCGAUGGCGGAAGAGAUGCUCGAACGCUACUUGACAAUUAGACAAUUGUAUCCAAAUUGGUUCCAAAAUCUCGACAUCGAGGAUCCGGACAUCGAGGCCAUCAUCGACGCUGGCUAUCUGGUGCCGUUGAUGGAACGCGAUCAUCACGGUCGUCGGGUGAUACUCUCUUGCGCUGGACGCUUCGAUCCGUACAAGUACACGUCCGCUCAAAUGGCUCGAGCUCACAGCUUGGUAGUAGAAGCUCUGAUGGACGACGAGGAAAAUCAGGUUCGCGGCUACACGUACAUCAACGACGAAUCCGGACUGACGAUGGGUCAUCUCAGCGCCUGGUCUCUAACCGAUAUCCGUAAUAUGUUACGGUGCAUCCAAAACAGUACACCCAUGAGACACAAGGAAACGCACUUCGUCAAUAUUCCAAGUUACGCGACCAAAGUCAUAGAGUUUGGCAUCUCCCUUCUUAACGACAAGUUAAGAGCACGAAUCUUGGUACACAAGAGCCUGGAGGAUUUGAAAGCGUCCGUCCAGGAUCCAAGAAUUUUGCCGAAAGAAUACGGAGGAGAGAUACCGCUCAGCGACAUGAUCGCUGCUUUCAAGAAAACCUUGAAGGAACAAAGAGACCGUUUAAAAGCGCUCGACGACAUGUACAUUGAGAUCUCGUCGACGGAAUGUCAGCACACUACGAGCGAUACUCUAAGCGGUAUACCUGGUUCUUUCCGUAAACUGGAAGUUGAUUGAUCCUCCUCUCUUUAUCUCUCGUUGAUUUUUAUACAGUCGCGCUGUUACUUGUUCGCGCUCCUAGUUAUUUAUUGUUAUCUCGAUGUAUCAGAAUUCUUCUGCCGGUGGUAUUAGUUACCUACUAUCGUUUCGAUUUUUAUAUGCGACAUAGAAUAAGAUGCGACGAUUAUGCGCAUCGUUAGCGAAAUAAUUUCAUGUUAUCUUUUUUUUCUUUUUUUUUUGUUUUUCCUGUUCUACGGUAUAGAAACGGUAAAGGUGUAUGGCAUACGUCCAUUCGUGGCAAUGUUGAGCAUGAAAGAGGAACGUUUAGAACGCACGAUUGUUUCAAACAUCCUUUCUGUUGAUAAUUUUAUACAAGUUAAACCCAACAAUUUAUGCUACAUCUUUAUCGGAGGAUAAAAGUAAUAUAACGCGUUCAAAUGUACACUCUAUCGACAUUGUUCUUUGUUCAAACUUCGUCCACGGUUUCGAGCUCGCAUUCGCGCAGAAUUUUUUCCAAGAAAUCUGCAUUUGAGGGUGCCGUAGUGUAAAGGCUACCUGUAACAAGCAUAAAACAACAUGGUUUAUUUAGAUCGUUCGAAAGCGGCAAACGACCAAUCAAUUACUUAUCUAAGAAAUAUAAAGCAUACGUUUACGCUUACACUUACCUAGGAAGUGUUUCACAUUAUUGUCGGAUAAAAUAACUUUGCAAUUA